UGUAACGUAUUGAAAUUUGAAAACAAACGUUCAAGGCUCGUUAGAUUUCGGAUUCAUGUUGGUGGUUAUUUUAGAAAUAUUGAGUUUUAUUAGUGUUUUAUGAUACUGCCACUAUUAGGACAUUUUUAGUGAACAUAUGUGAGUUUAUUUAGAAGAAAACUAGUGAAUAAUCAAGCAAAAUGAUUACUUUAACCGAAGAUGUCAACAAGCUAUUCAAUGAGGUUCUCAUGGAGAUAUCCCAGAAUGUCCGUUCCAUGAUGGAGGAACUGUGGCUGAACUGGUCACACCUCGGCGUGGAUGACAGCACCAAAGUGAACAACAUUACCAAGUUGGUGCAGAUUGAGAAGGAACUGCAUAGAGAUGUCAUCUCCGAGACCAGACAGAAGCUCAAGACUAUGCAGGGACAAGUUGACAAAUUGAAGGAAGAAACAGAAGAGCUCAGCCGGUGUCUGUCAGUGGACAUUACAAUUUUGGACUUCAAGGAAGACAUGAUGCUGGUUGAAUACAAGAGAGAAUUGGAAGAACAGAUUGCUGGAUACAGAGAACAAGUGGAACAGCGCCGCAUGAAGAUGGAGAGGCUCCUGGAAUGGCAGCGAGACCUCGCUGACAAGCUUGGAGUCACCAUCCAGGAGUUGCAGGAGGUACCUCUCCCAGCCGAGGAGGAACUGGACAGGCUGAAGGAACACCUGGAAACGCUGCAAGCGGAGAGAGAUAAGAGAGCAGAAAUCUUUUUGAAUAUUCAAGUGGAAAUUAAGGAUAUUAUGGACAAACUGCGAAUCAAGCCACAGAACAAGUUCGAACAUAUUGUGACAUCAUCUCUGUCAGUUGACUUCAAAGUCACUGAUCUGAACAUGGAUCGCCUCUCCAAGCUUCAGCAAGAUUUGCAAGAGAAAUAUGAACAAACUAACAACAGGGUCUUAGAACUCCGUGAACGCCUGUCAAAGCUGUGGGAAUGUUUGGAUGAAGAUCAGAUCUACCGUGAAAACUUCUUGCACGCACAUCCCGGGUGUCACCCGCAGACUGAGGCCGCCAUCAAAGAGGAGAUCAAGCGCUGUGACCAGAUCAAGAGGCAGAAGAUUCAGGUGUUCGUAGCCAACGUCCGCACUAAGAUCAAGUUGAUGUGGGACAACGUGAUGUACUCGAGCCGCGAACGUGAAGAGUUCGUGCAUUACUACCAGGACAUCUUCACUGAAGACACGUUGACGCUGCAUGAACUGUAUCUUGAGAAGAUUACGAAAUAUUAUAAUGAACACAAGCACAUAUUCGAGCUGGUGGUGACUCGCAAAAACCUUUGGCUGAAGAUGACGGAGCUCGAGGCUCGAGCUACGGAGCCGGGUCGUUAUCACAACCGCGGCGGGCAGCUGCUGCGAGAGGAGAAAGAGAGGAAGGCUAUCGCUAGCAAUUUACCGAAAAUCGAGGCGCAGAUCCGUGAACUAGUGACCGAACAUGAAGCCAAGACUGGUAACACGUUCACUAUUGACGGAAAGCCUCUGCUUCAACUGAUGGAAGACGAAUGGGAGACCAGGAAAGCUGAGCGUCACAACAAGCUAUCAGCUCGCAAGCAGGCGUUGACACCGACCACGCCGCUGUUCCGCUCGCUGGCCACCUCCCCGCUCGGCAAGCGGAAUAGGACUGCGGCCGGACUGGCUGCCACUGCUGAGAGGAACAGGCCGCCGUCCAAACGCCAGCUGAUCACGGGUAGUGCGACCAAGGCGGUGACGACAUUCACUAACAACUUGUCUGCGCUCAAGAGAUCUGCUAUUACUACUGUUAAGAGGCGCAUAAGCGGACGUCUGGCAGCGCGGGCAGUUGCGGAGGGUAAGGAUGCGAAGAGGAAGCUCGACUAUGGAGGUGAACUGAGGAAAACGCCAAAGACGGUCAAUGGCAGCAUUCUCAAGCAUAAGCGUACGUCUCACGGCAAGCGUCGCAGCAGCAGCCGUCGCUCGAUCAACGCGACGCGCUCCACGGGCUCGCAGGAGGACCGCGCCAACAAGGACCCGCUCAUGGAGACCACGCUCCUCACUACCUAUACCGACUUCAAGGACGGCAUCAACGAAAAACAGAUUAGUCGCAGCUCCAUGGCCAACCCGAGACCGAGCGAAGCGGUCCUCCCUACCAUCGUUUACCAUCCCAUAGACGAGCGAAGUGCCACCCCAAAAAAAACUCCGAGGGUCAAAACACCAUUGACGCCUAAAGUCGGCAAGGAGAACAUUCAACACGUCAAUAAUUUGGCCAUGACACCUAAGAGUAACCUGAUGUACACUCCGACCAGGUUAACUCGAUCCGCCCUAAAGCUUAACCACGACGGCUUCGCAACUCCCCGCGCUCCGCUCAGCGCAAACAAAGUCAACCUGCAGAGACAGAACACAGUCGCCACCUUGACAGUCAAAACUACCCCCAACAACGUUAGCAGGUCUAAGUCACACUCCAAUCUAGUGCGAGCGAAGAAUCUCCCGCCUCUAAUCUAAGCACAUAGACUGAGCGCAGCCCUUGCGACUUGAUAUAAACGUUGGUUUCGUUUUAUUGAGUUUUUUUUCUUCACGUUUAUAUCAAGAUGCAAGUCCUGCGCCUUACAAUAUUAUUAGCCAUGAUUUUCAUACGAGAAUCAAUUUGUAAUUAUAAAAUAAUAUUCAGAUUUUUUUUUAACAAUUUAUUUUUGUGUUUGUCGAUGGUUUGACUCAAGUUUUGUGACGUAUUAAAUGGUCGUUUUGUCGUUGAUAAAUAUAAUGUUUUGAUUUUUAUCCUUGUAUAUUUGAAUCUCUAUUAUAAUUAUGUGCUGAGUAAUUGCAUUCAAUUUUAAUAAGAAUUGGUUGGUUUUGUUUAUAGAUGUGAUUGAUAGUAUUUUAAUUGAUAGAUAGUUUUAUAAGUUACUUUCAGUUCUAACAAGAAUUAUUUUAGUUUUGUCUUCAAUUGGAAUACUUGUUCUUUUAGAGUAGUUUUUAGUCACAUUGUUUACUAACAUUAUUGAUUCUCAUCUUUUAUCUUAUGACAAAUUGUUUCUUUCAUUUACUUCAAAUUGUUCUUGAAUUGUUUUGUGGAAAAAGAUCAUUCAGUAUUGAUACAAUUAAGUAUUUUUCAGAGCGUUGUUUAUGCUCAGCGCAUGGCAAACUUCCACGACAGGCAGCUUACCAUUACUAAAGAAGGUUAUUUUGAAAAGUUUGAACAUUCCAAAAGACAUUGUACUUAAUUUCGAUCAGUAUUUCAAGAACUAGAAAGAUCACAAAAGGCCAUAUCUCAUGCUAACAUUAAUAUAAAACUAAUUGAUAUGCGUCGCUUUAUUUAACUAAUGUAUAAUUUUAGUAAUUUUAAAAUGUAAAUUAUGGUUGUAAUAUAUUUGCAUAGUUUAAAACG